UUUAUAAAUAAUACUAAGAAUCUCAUAUUAUCUAACACGGUUAUCAAGUGUGCAAACCGUUAUUUUAUUAGUUUGUGAUAUUAUAUUUUUGUUCCUCUCAGCCGUUAUUUAGCCAAUAUGUAUGCCCUUAAAUAGUUAAAAACAGGAAUUAUAUAUAGAUGAGAUCAUUAUCAUUGAUAAAAUGCCAGCGAUUCUAGUGACGGGCGGGGCUGGGUACGUGGGCUCACACACCGUGGUCACGCUGUUGGAGCAAGAGGACAUUGAUAUCGUCGUGGUGGAUAAUCUAUGUAAUAGUUAUCGACAUGACAGUGACAAGAAACCAGUCGCACUUCGCAGGAUUGAAGAGAUGACAGGAAGAACAUUACAUUUCUACCCAAUAGAUUUAAGUGACGAGAAAGCGCUGGCCAAAGUUUUUGAAAAUCACAAAAUCGAAUGUGUAAUUCACUUCGCAGCGCUAAAAGCGGUCGGCGAAUCUGUAGACAAACCACUCGAAUACUACCAAGCUAAUAUUACUGGUACUUGUACCUUGAUUGAGGUUAUGCGUAAAUAUAACGUAUAUAAAUUGAUAUACAGUUCAUCCUGUACGGUAUAUGGGGAACCGCAGAAGUUGCCCUUGGAUGAGUCUCACCCAACCGGACAGGGUAUAUCCAGUCCGUACGGAAGGACCAAAUAUUUCUGUGAGGAGAUUAUGAAGGAUCUAUGUAAUAGCGAUCAGAAAUGGCAAAUAAUAUCUCUCAGAUAUUUCAACCCAGUUGGAGCACACCCGAGUGGUCGGAUUGGUGAAGAUCCUGCGGGUAUACCAAAUAAUUUGAUGCCUUUUAUAUCACAGGUUGCUGUGGGUCGUUUAUCCGAAUUGAUGGUGUUUGGUGAUGAUUAUCCCACUGUUGACGGGUCCGGGGUUCGAGAUUAUAUUCAUGUGCAGGAUUUGGCUGUAGGCCAUGUCAAGGCUAUGCAGUUGUUCCAGAAGGAUGGCUUCAGCGGAUUUCGAGCUGUUAAUUUAGGUACCGGAACCGGAUAUUCUGUCCUCCAAAUGAUUUCCGCUUUCGAAGCGGCAUCCGGUCGUAAAAUUCCGUAUAAAAUCGUCAAUCGACGUGCUGGGGAUAUAGCUGCAAAUUACGCGGAUGUCUCGCUCGCACAAAGCCUUUUGGGCUGGAGCGCGACAAAGACAGUCGAUGAUAUGUGUAGGGAUACGUGGAAUUGGCAGAGUCGUAACCCUCAAGGGUAUAAAUGUUAAAUUAAUGCAGACAUAGAGAAUAGAUAUUCUUAGCCAAGAGGGCAAACCACUAUUUAUAUAUAUAAUUCAUAUUACUCGUUUAAAAUAGUAUCGCUUUCGAAACUACUUUUUAUCAUUGUAAGAAAAUAAGCAAGAAUAAUAAAUUGGCUUUAUUUAUAUCAUUAUCACUACUUUAUAGACUAGAGGUAGACUUUAUUUUUUUAGUACAAUGUUAUUACUGUUUUAAUUUGGAUUUUAAAAAAAUGCCAUUGACAGAAACUGGCUGGCAAUAAUUGUUUCAUACAACCAAACUCUUUGGUGAUUAAAAAACACACAAUAUGCUUAUUCCAAAUUCAAAUUUUUUUUAAUUACAAUUUU